GACACCCCCAAGACUCUUCAACAUGACAAAACGCACGCGCAAAGUCGGUGUCACCGGAAAGUACGGAACGCGUUACGGUGCGUCCUUGCGGAAGCAGGUCAAAAAGAUGGAAAUCACCCAGCACGCACGGUACACCUGCACAUUCUGCGGCAAGGAUUCCGUGAAGCGUCAGGCAGUGGGCAUCUGGAAAUGCAAGGCAUGCCGGAAGGUUAUCGCUGGAGGCGCAUGGACUGUCACCACGACGGCGGCUGCGACUGUCCGCAGUACUGUUCGUCGGUUGCGCGAGAUCACGGAGGCUUAAAACACCUCAUUUGACUUUAUUCUUUCCCAUGAUACUACUCUCCCUCUACUGUUGUUCCUCCACGCAUAAGCUCAAUGACCAUAGGCCUCCAUGAUCUCGAU